AUGGAAAAGGGCGCGUAUCGUGUUGGAAAAUGGGGACAUGAAGGGCAUAAGAUGCUGUCUGUAUACUCAGCAUUCAUUGUGGGUAGCUAUUGUUGGAUCACUUGGCCAGGUUCUAACGUAUGGCAAUGUGAUGAUACUUUGGAGAAUAUUGCUGCAUCUUGUGGCUUCUGGAGAAUUUAUGUCCGUUGAUAACUUUGCCGUCACUUCUGCGUUCUAGAGCAUUUUCUAUUUUUUUUGAGACGCUAGCAUUCAGUACUACUAUUUAAGAAGUUGCAUUAUGUCAAAUAGUAAAUUAUCUUUCAAAAUAUUGUCGAUUAGAGGAAGACUUCAUUAAGUUAAUUCAGGCGCAAGUUCUUAAAGUUGGCAAUGUUCUGCGGGUACUGAAAGUUGGACAUUACAAUUUUCUCAUAGUACUCAAGGUUGUAACUUGCAAAUCGUUUGGGUAACUUUAUUCAAUAUCUUGAUGUACUACAUUGUAUCAGCAAAUUAAAUUGGCUUUAAAGUGCAAAGUCUCCUGUAGAGAGUCGUUCCGCUUUCGAGUUUAGUCAUCCAAUCAAAUGAAGAAGAGAAUGUACGAAUGUUAUCAACUCUUGGAGGAUUGAAAAAAGAAUCCAAAAUGAGAAGUAAUGCUGUAGAUUGUUCCAAAACUUAAACAAAGAGCACUGGGAAAAAAUCCGUAAAUAAUGAAAAAAAAUAAUGAUUUGUUAUCAUCAACAGUAUUCAAAGCACAUCAGGUUGAUGAGGCCGUGGAAAUCAGUGAGAAUAUCUUAAAUAGAUUCAGUUCCAAUUGUAUGAAACAAAGCGAGGCUAAAAAUCCCAGCUGAUUAAAAUAACGAAAAUACAAUUUUCCCGAAUGUUUUCAAAUUUUAUUCAUAUCAACAUUGAAUUAAUUGUCAUUGAAGCUGAAUAGUGAUUGCAAUGAGGCAAUAUUUCCUUUUUUACAGCUUUGAAAAAAAUUUGAGGAUCUAAGAUUUUCUUGUACUCAUAACUCUUAGAUCAUAUUUUUGUUGGUAAUUUCAUGGAAAAGAGUGUUGUUAAAAACGAAUUUGAAUGCCAGGAGAAAUGUACUGAGAAGGAAAGCCGCUGUAAAUCGUGUAACGUUUACCUGGAGGAAAACGAUGUAAUUUGUGAGCUGAACGACAAAACUCGACUGAUGAAAGCAGCUGAUUUUAAAAAGAGGAGAGGAUCUACUUACUACGGUUUGGUGCAGGUAAGUUCAGUUGUUUGCGUGAAUUCCUUUAAAUUACGUUUUCUUGGUUGAUACUUAAAUUCAUUAAUCGGCGAUCUUGACAACUCCCGUUUCGCGAAGUUGCGUUUUCGCUCUUUGACUACUGAAAAUACAUAUAUUUUUGUUUUUUUAGCUCUUUCAAGAAAGUUCGAAUGGAAAAAUACGAUGGGAAAUAUAUAUUUUUGUUUGUUUGUUUUUUUUAACUUUUUCAACAAAGUUCGAAUGACAAAAUACGAUUUCUUCGUGUUUAGUGUUUACCUUGUCAUCGAUAUUUAUUUCGUGCGAGGAAAUCAAUCGACGAAUUAUUUUUGCAGUUAAACAAUGAAACUGGUUAGAUGGAAUUUCUUUGUUUAAACAAAGUUUACUGAAGUCAGUUCUCUGUCUCAUUGCAUCCAUCUAUCUUCUGAUUUUUGGAAAGAGUUUCUCAAUUAUUUAUGAUCGGCAAAUUUUCCAAAAAAUACAAUUCAAUUGAAACUUAGAAGUGAAAAUACUUCAGUUCCUGAGAAAUGUGCAAAAUUUCCUUUUCAAAUAAUUUAGUUGCUUUGAACUCGAAGGAGAAAUGAAUCGGAAUUAACUAUUAGAAAUCUGCAACCAUGACUGCAAUAUUUGAUUAGUUGAACAUACAAACGUCAUCAAAAUACAUGAAAACUUGCAGCCGUGACUGCAACAUUUGAUUAUUUGAACAUAAAAACGUCAUCAAAGUACAUAAAAACUUCGAAAAAAUUGAAAAAAAUUUUAAAACUGUUCACAAAAUAUUUAGAGACAUUUAAUAAUUACAUUGGACCGGUAUAAUAUGUUCCGAAUCUUUUUCAACGUAGAUUUCCUGCAUUAAAGUUUUUCACGAUGAGAAAGCAGCGAAAAACUUCGGCCAUUGUCAUCCAGGACGCAAAGGGAAAGGCUGCCUAACACGUGAGAAACACUCCAUGUUUUCAACUUCCCUAAGCCCUUACCAUGCAAUUUUUUUAUUGUACCUGCGAGUGAAAAAACAGAAACAGACAGAAACACAUACACGGGUGUGUCGUGAUUCACAUCUCAUUUGGUACAGCUACACCAAGUAGCUGCAUAAGUAAAUGGUCCUUAAUAUCUCACAUCCUCCAUGUCUAUAUUACUCUGCUGACCAAGAACAGCCAUUCGCGACCAAGAUGGUCCAAAUGGAUAAAAACAUAGCACAACUAUUCUUCAAAGCCAAAUUAUUUGGCAAUUGACCCUGAACCAUGACACUAAAAAAUAAAACAUAUUUAAAUUCGCAGCUGUACCUGGCUGGUCUUCCCGUCAUCCUGCUCUGUCCUGCAAGCACAUUUUGGAAGCUGGAGACUCAAAAGGAGACGGGGAGUACUGGAUCGACCCUGAGAAGAAUGGAAGUUCUUUAAAAGUAUUUUGUGACAUGACAACUGAUGGAGGUAAGCACUGUAAAUAACUCUUUUCCGCAAUUUAGACUGUGUAUUGAAUAGCAAGGCUGAAGAGGUAAACACUUGUGGUAUUUAAACCUGGGAAGAAAUAAUAAAAAAAAAAACCAAAAUAUACUGAAAAAUGAUUAAAUACAGAAAAAUAUUCAAAGAAUGCUACGGACAAAAGAAGACAAAACAAAAAAAACUGUUUUAGGGUAGGAGUUAAAGAUGUGGCCCGUAUUUUAAGUGAAAGUUCUAAAAGGCUGGAACCAAACCAGCAGGAUUUUUUUAAGACUCCUUCAGAGUAGCAGGAGCUGAAAAACAGCGAAAAACUCCAGUUUGUGGUCAAAGCAGGGUUUCAAUCUGGAGCCCUUGAGGUUAUAACAAGCGAACAAAACAAUUCUACUACCUUUUUUUCUUCUUGGCCAUGGCCAUUUUUUUUUGUGCCAAUUUUUAAAACAACAGUGGGUCGUGGAAGAGCUGUUUCCGGUCUCCGAAGAAACGCGGUUCACAUUUUUUUUAAUAUUUGGCAGGGGGCUGGCUCCUAAUCUAUAACGUUAUUGCUGGAGGAACUGUGCCCCCCACCAAUUUGAAUAUUGAAAACACAUAUGCAGGAGUCAGUCGCUACAGCAGCAACAGAAUGGUUCUCUCUCCUGACGGUAUGCGAGAGCUGAGAUCCCGCAUGUCUUUCACUCAGCUGAGAUUCCACUGCCGUAAACAGCAACAUGGACGAACGUUUCAUGUCAAAACGGCCGCGAACAGCUCUGGUGAAGCUGUAGUCGGGUUUUUCGGCGGUGAUACCAACGUUAUUCCCAAAGCCGUUGGCUCAUUUGAGAAACUCAAGGGAGACAACUCAGCCCCUGCAAGUAGAUGCGUAGAAUGGGGGAAGGAAAACGGCGUGUUUCAUGUUGGAAAAUGGGGACAUGAAGGCAAUAAGGAGCUGUAUAUGUACUCAAUAUUCAUUGCAUAUCACCAUCAUUGGGUCACGUGGCCUGGCAAAAAUAGAUGGGAGUGUGAUGACGCGGCGAAUGAUUUGUCGCGCGGCGACUUUUGGAAGAUUUAUGUCCGUUAA